AUUAAAAUGAUCUGUUUUGUCGAUUGAUUUAGCUGGCCAAAUAGAGCUGUUAUAGAAAAAUCAUCAUGUGGCUUGAAUUGCUCGGAUCGCUCUUGGUGGCUAUCAUCGUCUAUGGGGUGUACUUCCGGUGGACCCGUCGAAAGAUGUUCGCUUCCGUUCGGGAAAUGCACGGCCCUAUUAAUCUACCGCUAAUCGGGUACUCUUAUUUGUUCUUCGGCAAAUCAACUCCAGUAUCCAUAGGACGAGUGCUGUACAAACUUAUGCAUCAGUAUCCAACGCCAACCAAGGGAUGGUUUGGGCCUUACUUAGUGGUUAUGCUUGACAAGCCGGAACACUGCAAAACGGUGCUCAACUCAAGUGUCUGUCUGAACAAAGCCCCGCACUACAGGUUCUUCGGUCUUCAUGCUCUGCUCGCGUCGGAAGGAACCCUGUGGAGCUCUCGCCGGAAGCGGUUGAACCUGUCGUUCUCUAGAAAAACCUUGAAUGGCUUCUUUGGCAUAUUCAAUAGGAAAGCUCGACAGUUCAUAGAUGAUGCGAUGAAAUUAGCCGAUGGCGUCGAGAGAAACAUGAGCAGCGAAUUUGCGAAGUGGACUCUCGAUAACAUUACCGCAACGUUUCUGGAGCUCGAGAUAGAUGACUACGUCGAUAAAGCAGAGUAUUUAAAAAAAGUCGAGCUCUAUUUGCCUUACGUUAUAAAACGUGUUUUCAAGCUCCAUCACUAUUCGGACUUCAUUUAUCAUCUUACCAAAGACUGGACCGUUUUCAGCACCACCCGCAGAAACGUUAGAGAAGUUACUUGGAAAGCAUUGGAUCGGAAAUUCGCUCAAAAGCGAACAGAAAUAGAAACAGAUGGAACAACGAACGGUGAAGAGAACACAAGCAGAGCUAAACCGUUGCUCGAUAUGCUGUACGACAUGGUCCGCGAUAGCUCCCAAGCAAUGACGGUGGAAGAAAUGGCUCACCACGUGGACGAAGUCAUCUAUGCCGGCUUCGAUACGACAGCAAUUUCCAUUUCAAACGUCAUACUACUGCUGGCAAUGCAUCCGGAGGUCCAAGAACGUGUCUAUCAAGAAGUGAUGGCCGUCUGUCCGGAUCCGAAUGUGGAGAUAACUCAGGAAGACUGCUACAAGCUUGUAUACACAGACAUGGUAAUCAAGGAGACCAUGCGGUUGUACCCUGUGGUACCCUUACUAGUCAGAAGUCUAACAGCUGAUCUCAAGCUUGACGAUCAGUUCACCUUGCUCAAAGGAACGCUUAUCGCGAUAGCCAGCGGCAGAAUGCAACGCAAUCCGGAGAUUUGGGGCCCCCAAGCAAACGUUUUCAAUCCGGACCAUUUUUUGCCAGAGCAGAUUGCUCAGCGCCAUCCGUAUUCCUAUCUGCCGUUCAGUGCCGGUCCUCGAAAUUGUAUCGGGGGGCGCUUCGCCAUGCUGUCGAUGUGGCUCACUGUGGCGUAUUUUGUGCGUGCUUUCCGGAUUCGGACAUUGCUGCGGCAGGAAGAUCUACAAACCAGUUUCGAAAUGAUUCAACGGGUGAACAAUGGCUGUCUAGUGUCUUUGCUGCCUCGAUAGAAACGAUCGAAAAUCGUUCCGGGAAACCGGCCAAAAAAAACCCUGUAAUUCGGAAUCCAAACCAGGAAAAAUUAAAAAAAAAC